UGCUUUAGUACGCAUUCGGACUCGGUAGGGGGCGGUCGUGUCGCCAACGCUCCUCGAGACCGGUGUUUAAAUAAUCGGUGUGGAAAAUACGCGUCCAUUUUUCACCGUCCUUAAGUUUUUUACCACUGGAAAUUAGCUAUUAGCUUGUGCCUAGGUGCCGUGUUUUGAUAACAAACUUAAUAUACAAUAAACAAUUUUGAUAUAGUUAUUGAGUAAUAGUGAUUAGUGUGAUACUGUUGUGUGUGACUAGUGCAGUGGGAUGGAUACGAGCUGUUAGCGCGCACAACGUACGAUGUCGAAGACCUUAAACGCCUACAGAAUAAAGAAGAUCGAAUCGCUGGGCAGGAUGACGGCGAUGACGCAAGAGGAGAUGGUGGCCGGCGCGCGCACGGUCGCCGCCGGGCUGGAGGCGCUGCGGGCCGAGCACGCGCAGCUGCUGGCGGGGCUGGCGGCCAACACGGAGCACGAGAGCGAGAAGGUGGCGCUCGUGCGCAAGAGCAUCGACGCCAUCGAGCUGGGCCUCGGCGAGGCGCAGGUGAUGAUGGCCCUGGCGUCGCACCUCCAGUCCGUGGAGGCAGAGAAACAGAAGCUCCGCACCCAAGUGCGACGGCUGUGCCACGAGAACGCGUGGCUUCGGGACGAGCUAGCGGCUGCACAACAACGCCUGCAGGCCUCCGAGCAGAGGGUCUCACAGCUCGAGGAGGAAAACAAACACUUGGACUUCAUGGCUUCCAUACGCAAAUACGACAGCGAUAUAACUGAAGAGUCAGAGACCAGCCGUAGCGGGCAGUCUGACAACAAACGCGACGACCCCAUGGUCGAUCUUUUCCCAGACGACGACCACGAAGACAACAGGAACAAUAAGUCGAUGUCGCCCACGCCACCGUCCCAGUUCGCGCAGCAAGUCAACGCCGGGUACGAGAUACCCGCGCGCCUGCGCACGCUCCACAACCUGGUGAUCCAGUACGCGUCGCAGGGCCGCUACGAGGUGGCCGUGCCGCUGUGCAAGCAGGCGCUCGAGGACCUGGAGAAGACCUCCGGCCACGACCACCCGGAUGUGGCCACCAUGCUGAACAUCCUCGCUCUAGUCUACAGGGAUCAGAACAAAUACAAGGAAGCUGCCAAUCUGCUGAACGACGCCCUGUCCAUCCGCGAGAAGACCCUCGGCGAGAACCACCCCGCCGUGGCCGCCACGCUCAACAACCUGGCCGUGCUCUAUGGGAAACGAGGCAAGUACCGCGAGGCGGAGCCGCUGUGCAAGCGCGCGCUGUGCAUCCGCGAGGCGGUGCUGGGCCGCGACCACCCCGACGUGGCCAAGCAGCUCAACAACCUCGCGCUGCUGUGCCAGAACCAGAACAAAUACGAAGAGGUGGAGCAGUACUACCAGCGCGCGCUGGAGAUAUACGAGAGCAAGCUGGGCCCCGACGACCCCAACGUGGCCAAGACCAAGAACAACCUCGCCUCCUGCUACCUUAAACAGGGCAAAUACAAGGAAGCCGAAACUCUGUACAAGCAGGUCUUGACGCGCGCGCACGAGCGGGAAUUCGGCACUAUUGAUGGUGACAACAAGCCCAUCUGGCAAGUGGCUGAGGAGAGAGAGGAGAACAAGCAUCUGCAGAAGGAGAACGCGCCCUACGGAGAGUACGGAGGGUGGCAUAAGGCUGCUAAGGUGGACUCCCCCACUGUGACCACGACGCUGAAGAACCUGGGCGCCCUGUACCGGCGUCAGGGCAAGUACGAGGCGGCUGAAACACUCGAGGACUGCGCGCUGCGUAGCCGGAAAGAGGCAUUGGACAUGGUGAAACAGACUCGGUCAAGGAGCGGCCGCGGCCCGCGCGACGUCGAACCGCGCGACAACGAAGAGCAACAUGAAGCGCGCAAGCUCCCUGUCCGAGCUCAGUAAAAAGCCGGCGACUCCAGCGCCCCCUGGCGACCAGCGGUAGCUAACACCACCGCCCAGCAGACGGAAACUCAUCAUCGGAUACCUCACCGCUACCAUCAUCAGAAUACUUUCCUUACAAUCAUGAUAUUAAAAGAAAAUUGAUGAAUCAAAUCAAGGUAUGAUCCGUGCCAGUUUCAAAGAAAUGGGUUUUAGAGUGGAUAACAGUAGUGGGUCUAUCAUAAUGACUGUACGUAGGUCUCUCUUAAGAUCCAUAUGUUAAAAGCACAGACUGAUUAUGUAAAGUAAAGGUCUGACCGGUCUGACCAUAUUAAUGACCAGUGUUGGUCUUUUAAAAAGCCAUGAUGGGUUUGACUGAGAGUUUGAAGAAGUGGUCUAGAAGUUUACGAAAUACAAUAACUAAAAAUCUGUAAUUUGUAUACUUGAAAGUAACUGCCUAGUAUGACUUUUUUUCGCUUCGGUCUGAGUUUAAGCUUAAAAUUAAUGUUUAGUCACUUCAGACGAAUUUCGUCACGAAAGGAAAACUUAAAAUUGUAGUAGGUACCUACAUAGUAAGUAGGCACAAAGAGAAAAUCUUCUGACGUAGUUAUAAAACAUACUAAAUCUACCUUACCUAACGAGUGUUUGUACAAAAAAAACAGUUUAUUUUUGCUAAUUGGAGUCUUAAAUAGGGUAGGUACCUAGAUAUUAUAUGGUUUCAAGUAAUAACCAAAUACCUACAUAAGUAGGUAAUAUGUAGUGUCUUCGUUUUGCUUGUCUUAUUAGCACUGUCCCUUAUUUAAAUAGCAUGGUAUAUAUUUUCGGUAAAACUAUUAAAGAAUAUUUUAUUAAAAGCGGCGAGAUGUAAUUUUAUCAGUGAUUUUAAAGUAGAUAGCUGUGUUUUAUUAGCUUAUCUAACUACUGAAAUCAUAUUUUAUUACUCUUUAGCAAUACAUAAGUAGUUUUAUUUAUAUUAAAUGUGAGAUGUCAUUACCUCUAGAGUCCUAAUACGUGUGCUGCUACUGAGGGUAGCCACAAAGGGUGUUGUAAAAAGAAAUAUAUGUAGUUCCACAUAGCCACACAAAUCUCUCCCCCUAAAAAAAGAAAGCUAGGAGACUUCCUCCUCGAGAAAAAGCCUGUUAGUUAAUUAGAUGAGAUUGACAUUGGAAAUUGGCGCGCGUGAUGAUGCCAUGCCGCGCCCCUACGUUACCGUUGAUACCUUAAAUCUUGUAUCGCAUAACAUAUGGCACGAUGUUCUAAAAUGUCAUGAAAUUUUCAUCGUACUGUACCUAUAGAAUGUAAUAUUAAGCUCCGGCUGAAGUAAACCACUAUUUAGAGACUCUAGAAGUAAUAACAUCUCAAUGAGAAUAAGCGCGUUGUCAGUAUUUUGCCCAAAAGUGUACUUAAUAUAAGCUUAUCGUGGCUUAAUUAUUGUGCAAAGCCUUAAGUUUUAGGACAUAGGAAUAAAUACUAGAAUAUUUUAAUGUCUAUUAAACCGCGCAUGCAAAUAAAUAAAUAAAAAUAUUGUGUUGUAUUUACGCGUGAUUGGGGUACAAAAUUACGACACGGACUUAUAUUUAUCCAGACACCGCUACUCUUUCAAAAAUAUAAAGAUAAAGCCAAACCUAUAUUUUUUAUACCUACUAUCUACGAUGACACAAAAGUUGAUUAGUGACAUCCAAAAGUAAAUAACAACAAUGUUGAUUGUUAAUAGGCAGUGUUUAUAGCAGUCAAAUAACCUAUUCCAUUAAUACUGUGCUGGGGUGCUGGGGAGUAUUUUCCAUAACUUCAAGAUGUUAACGAGUCCACUUAUAGAAGCCUGGGUAACUAAAUAUUUUUUAAUUCAAAAAAACUUUGUAGUUUUUCACACAAAGUAAUUCAAAUAAUUCCGACUAUACCUGUAACACACGCCUUUAUCAAUCCUUGCAUUUUAAAAUUAGAAAUUUGGCUACGUCAUAAUUAUAAGGAUGAGUAGGUUACAUAUUUUAAGAUCUAUUUACAAAAGAAAUAUUAUUUACUCCGAAAAUAUUCAUUUUAGUUCUAUGAACAUUUUUAAUUAAUUUUCGAUAAAGAUUAUAACCCCAGAGUUAUUGGAGUAUUUCCCAUUUAUACAUAGGCGCUUGGCACUAAUCUUUCGACAAAGCAUGCUUUGCGGUAUCUAUUUAAAUAUAAAUCCGUGCGAACAACAGCAGAUUUAAAAGUUAUCUAUUAUUGCUUUAUAUAGUUAGGUACAUCCUAAUUAAUUAAGUAUUACUCUGAGACUAGUCAUUUAGGUAAACAAAUAAAUUCCUUCGCGGGCGUGAAACAAACAAUAAAGUGCGGCUUUUGUAAAACAUUGAUCUCUGUUCAUUUUAUCUGAAAUAAA